GUCUCGGUUGUUGCUGAAACGGUCAAUGUUACGGGGCAAUCGAAUCUGAUGCAGUUUAGGGUACCGCCGUGUCGGUUAUCAGAGGAUAUGUCAAAUCUUUUCGAAAAACAUUGUUUUUCGGAUUGCCUCCUCGUAACAGGAUCGAAGGAGUUCCAUGUACACAAAGCAAUAUUAGCAACGAGGUCGCCGGUGUUUGCCGCAUGUUUUGAGCACCAAAUGAGUGAGUCGCAGUCGGAUCGUGUCGAUAUUGAUGAUGUUGAGCCGGAGGUGAUGAAGGAGAUGCUGCGAUUCAUGUACACCGGUACGGCGCCCAAUCUUGAUCGUAUGGCCGACACUCUAUUGGCAGCUGCUGACAAAUACCAGCUUGAUAGAUUGAAGGUAAUGUGCGAGCAAGCAUUGUGUUUAAAUUUGACGAAUGAGAAUGCCUGUGAGACACUGAUUCUUGCCGAUCUGCACAGUGCCGAGCAGCUGAAACAACAGGCCAUUGAUUACAUUAAUGUGCAUGCCAAUGAAAUCAUGGAAUCGGAUGGCUGGAGCUGUUUGGUAAGGGAUCAUCCACCGCUGCUUGCUGAAGUAUUUCGCGCACUGGCCACCCAGCAAACACCACCGAUCAUAAUGAGCCAUCCGCCUCGGAAGCGCAUCAAACAUCUGUAA